AGCAGCUGAACUGGUGCCAGUCCCACAGAGAUCUGAUGAUGAUGAUCCAAGAAAUGAAAAGGUGUUUGCCUGAAGAGAAAAGGAGUUCAAGCAAGCCCAGUACCAUCAGUGCUCUCAAUUAUGCUUUGCAGUGUGUCCAACAGGUGCAAGCAAACAAUGACUUUUUCCAGGCUCUGAAUGACCGAAGAGUGUUUCAGACAGAUGUGAUGACCUACAGCGUAGAACAGUUGGUGACAGUUGCAUCUGAACACACUCCAAAAAACACUGACACAUUUGUGGCUGUGUUUUCCUUGCUUUCGGGACGCAUAGUGCAUAUUUCUGAGCAGGCAGCAUCCAUUCUAAACUGUAAGAAGAAAGUGUUGGACUCCUCCCGGUUUGUAGAGCUGCUUGUCCCUCAGGAUGUGAGUGUGUUCUACACACACACUGAUCAGUCCCACCUGCCACUUUGGAACAUGGAAAGUCAAAGAGCUUCUCUGUAUGAAUAUGCCCAGGUGAAAUCCUUUUUCUGCAGGAUCAGGGGUGGUAAAGAUCAAGAACAAGAAAUGCGUUGUUACCCCUUCCGAAUCACCCCGUACUUGGUCCAUGUGUGCACUUCUGUUCACGUGGAUGCAGAAUCCUGCUGCUUAGCUUUGGCUGAGAAAAUUCACUCUGGAUAUGAAGCUCCUCGAAUUCCUAUGGAUAAAAGAAUCUUCACCACCACUCACACCCCUGGCUGUGUUUUUCUUGAGAUAGACGACAGAGCAGUGCCUUUGUUGGGCUAUUUACCUCAAGAUUUAAUUGGAACCUCCAUACUGAUGUAUUUGCACCCAGAAGAUCGUCCUUUGAUGAUUGCUAUUCACCAAAAAAUCCUGAAAUUUGCUGGCCAACCCCCUUUUGAACAUUUACCUAUUAGAUUUUGUACACAAAAUGGGGAUUAUGUCAUACUGGAUACCAGCUGGUCCAGUUUUGUGAAUCCUUGGAGCAGGAAAGUAGUGUUCAUCAUUGGCCGACACAAAGUCCGGACAAGCCCUCUGAAUGAAGAUGUCUUUGCUGCAAGAAGUAGAGAAACAAGUGGUGUUGAGAAAGAGAUAAGAGAAUUGCAAGGACAAAUUUACAAGCUGCUUCUGCAGCCAGUUCACAGCAAUGUUUCCAGUGGUUAUGGAAGCCUUGGAAGCAAUGGUUCUUAUGAGCACUAUAUCAGCAUAGCAUCUUCAAGUGACUCCAAUGGGAAUUGUGCAGAGGAAAUACAGGAACCAAUGACAUUGCAACAAGUUUGUGCGGAUGUCAACCGAAUAAAGAAUCUGGGACAGCAGCUGUAUAUUGCAUCAAGGAGCAAGCCACAGAAUGGAAAUGGACAGGCUGUGAGCUCAGAAAUGCUAGGAGGGAAGAGGUACACUGGUUCCUGUUUUCUUCAGACACUGAGAAGUGAUAGCACAGAAGAACCAGGCAAGGCAUUUUAUGAUGACUCAAAGAAGACUCCGCAUGUUCCUUCCUAUCAGCAGAUCAAUUGUGUUGAUAGUAUUAUCAGAUAUCUAGAGAGCUGCAGUAUUCCAGCAUUGAAAAGGAAAUGUAAAUCUUCUGCAAAUACAUCAUCAUCAUCUUCAGAAGAUGAAAAGCAAGUCCAGCAAAGCCAGCGGGAAGUCGAGGCAUUGGAAGAUACUGCUAUGCUUUCAGCAGUUAAUUCCCAACCUCCAAUAUCUACUGAUCGGGAGGAGACGCUGAAGGACCAGACAACUACAGGCAUCGUGGGAGGUCCUCUGGCAGACCUGACCCUGUCCAGCAAGGCUCCAAGUGUGGUGUCUGUCACCAGCCAGUGCAGUUACAGCAGCACUAUAGUGCAUGUCCCGCACCCUGAAUCAGAAGUGACUACAAUGGAGGAUACUACUGUUGGAAGUGAACAAAUUGAGCUGCCUCCUGUGAAUGCUCAGUGUCUCACUAUGGUGUCUGAAGACUUAAAGCCAGUUGGGCUAACAAAAGAGACGUUGUCAGCCCACACUCAAAAGGAGGAGCAGAACUACGUUGACAAGUUUCGCCAGAGGAUUUUGCUAUCUCCAUUUCGGACUUACCUUCAACAGGGGAGCAGAAGUAACAACGGACAUUCCUGUGGCCGAGGAGACUCCCCUUCAAAGCAGAUGAGCCCAGCUAGCUGUAAAAAAGACAAACAUGGAAAAUUCAAGCGCCAGAAACCUCAGAGACAGUCCUCAGAUAGCCGCUCUUCUAGUAAAAAUAGACGUAGUCUUCCAUGUGAGAAGAGAACCAUUCAGAAACAGUCAUUUUCUCCCUCAGAAGUAUCCUAUCUGAGCUCCUCCAGUAUGAAUGUCCCUCCUUCUAUGGGAUUUCCUAUCUAUUUGGAUCCACUAUCUAGCUUUCCAGCCUCUUCAGUAGGAGAGGAACUUGCCCUUCCCUCAUUAAAACCUGAAUCCAUGUCAUCGUCACUGCUAUGCUGUGAAGCACAGUCAUGCCCAGCACUUUAUCCCCCAAAUGUAGGCACGUUUGUGGCUGUAUUUUUUCAGAGUUUCCCCGUGUGUGCUCAGAUACCUCAGUAUGUCUUUCUUCCUAGCCCUCAGUAUGUUUACCCCCCUUCUUCGUAUCUAUGCACUACACUACCUCCAGCCCCACCUCCUUCUGCUCCGUCACCAAUAGCACGACACUCUGUGGAUCAGCCCUUUCCAGCCUUUUCUGCCACCUCUGUGGAGGACCAGCAAGAGGGCCAGCGUUAUCAGGCCCUACUGCUGAGUAGCUCACGGAGCAGCUCCCCACUUCAGCUGAAUUUGCUUCAAGAAGAGCUGCCAAAACCUAUGGAGCUUUCCAUUAGUACUGAUGUUAAAGCACGUGCAGAAGCUAAAUGUGACAAUGAUCCAGAAGAUAGUGGUAACAGUGCUAGCCAUUGUGCUUCUAGUCAAUUUACUGACCGCUUGCUGUACGAGGACUCCCAGUCCGUUUUUUUUGUAUCAGGCAGUGGAUCAGCUUUUUUGGGUUCUUUAGGUUCUGGCUCCAACAAGACUUCUGGCUGUGGGACAGGUAGUGGGAAAAGCAGCAAGUAUUUUGCCAGCAAUGAUUCUUCCGAAGCUUCCAAAGAAAAGAAGAAUGAGGAAGCAGAAGAAAAAGGGACAGCUCAUAAAUCCAAACAUGAGUCAGCCUGGGUGAUGAUGGAUCACACACCUGAGCAAGUUCUAAUGAAUUACCAAAUGCCAAACAGAAUUAAAGAGGAUGUUUUAAAGGAGGAUCUGGAGAAGCUGGCAGUCAUGCGAAAGCAGCAGCCUCGGUUUACGGAUGGGCAAAAGAAGGAGCUAGCAGAGGUGCAUACGUGGAUCCGGACCCAGACUGUCCCACUGCAGAUCAGCACCCAAGGCUGUGUUACAUGUGACAUCAGGGAAGCAAGUUGUGAGGCUGCAAUGGCUGAUGACAAUAUGGAAAACAAGGGAAAAUCAUCUCCCCUCCUGCAAUGCUGAAGACAUCAGCACUUGUGUCAGUAAAACUGCUUGGUGUAAUUCCCAUUCUCUUUACUCUGGCUUUGCUACAUGCUAGCAUUGAAUCUCUCUGGUUAUCUCUUCCCAACAUGAGCAGUCACGCAUGUGAAACUAAA